AUGGGUCACCUAAUCACCGUCGCAACUUGCAAUCUCAACCAGUGGGCGUUGGAUUUUGAGGGCAAUACCAGACGCAUCAUAGAAAGCAUUCACAAGGCGAAGGAAGCCGGUGCAAGGCAAGCAGGGACACCCCCUAGUCUUCGUGUUGGACCAGAGUUGGAAAUAUGCGGCUACGGAUGUCUCGACCAUCUUCUUGAACAGGAUCUCUACCUACACUCUUUGCAAUGCCUCAAGACUAUUCUAGAGGAUAAGUCAUGCCAUGAUAUCCUCUUGGAUGUCGGCAUGCCAAUCUUGCAUAGAAACGUUCGGUAUAAUUGUCGCAUUAUCUGUUUCAACGGCAAGAUCUUGUUGAUCCGACCAAAGCUUUACCUGGCUGGUGACGGGAAUUAUCGUGAACACCGUUUCUUUACCCCCUGGCUUCGACCCCAAUACUGCGAAGACUACUAUCUACCGCGCAUGCUAUGGAAGCUCCAGGGGUCUAACAAAGUGAGAAUUGGAGAUGCAGUGAUCAGUACGCCCGACACAACCAUCGGCUGCGAAACUUGCGAGGAACUUUUUACAUCAGACCCACCGCAUAACCACAUGUCGCUAAAUGGCGUGGAAGUUAUCACUAACUCCAGCGGCUCUCAUUUCACGCUGCGAAAAUUGAACACUCGCAUGCAACUUAUUCAAGAAGCGACACGUAAGAAUGGAGGAAUAUACAUCUAUUCAAACCAACAGGGUUGCGACGGUGAUCGUCUCUACUACGAUGGUUGUGCGAUGAUCAUAUGUAAUGGCAAACUUCUAGCUCAGGGAUCUCAGUUCAGCCUCACGGAUGUCGAGGUUGUUACCGCCACUGUCGACCUUGAAGAAGUCCGAGCUUUUAGGUGCGCACCUUCACGUGGAUUGCAGGCUGUAAAGGCGCCAGUGUAUGAGCGGGUUGAGACUCCCUUUGAACUGAGCUCGGAAGAAGGUGAUCUUGACUUGCAUCGCGUCCCGUCAUUGGAAAUCGAGCCUAGAUAUCACUCGCCCGAAGAGGAAAUUGCGCUGUGCACCGGAGCGUUCCUAUGGGACUACCUGCGGAGAUGUGGUGUAGCGGGUUACCUAGUGCCUCUGUCAGGCGGUAUUGAUUCAUGUGCGACCGCAGUCAUCGUCUUCUCCAUGUGCCGAAUGGUCAUUGAAGCUUGUAAAGCUGGUAACGAGCAAGUAAUUUCUGAUGUAAAGAGAAUUGCGAAAUUUGGGGGUGAUAAGGUCCCUAAGACACCUGAAGCUCUAUGCAACCAAUUAUUCCAUACGGUGUACAUGGGCAUGUCAAAGCAGAGCUCAAAGGAAACUCGCCAGAGAGCUAAGGACUUGGCAGAGGCAAUUGGCGCCUAUCACGUUAACCUUGACAUCGACGACGUAUACAAUGCCCAGCGUAACCUGAUAGUCAACACUCUCAACUUCGAACCUAAGUUCAAAGUCGAGGGCGGAUCUAUUGCCGAAAACCUGACGCUUCAGAAUAUCCAAGCUCGUUCCCGUAUGGUUACCGCGUACGAGUUUGCGCAAAUUCUUCCUACAACUCGCCAACGACCGGGUGGUGGUUCGCUUUUGGUAUUGGGCAGCGCUAACGUUGGCGAAUCUCUUCGUGGUUAUUUCACAAAGUAUGAUUGCUCGUCGGCCGACAUCAACCCUAUUGGAUCAAUUGACAAGAGCGACCUAAAGAGAUUCAUUGCUUGGGCUGAGGUCAACUUUAAAUUACCCUGUCUUCAUGGCUUCUUGACUGCAGUUCCAACUGCGGAGCUGGAACCUAUCACCGAAACCUACGUCCAAUCUGAUGAAGCCGACAUGGGAAUGACGUACGAUGAGUUGACAGUAUUUGGUCGUUUGAGAAAAGUGGAUAAAUUGGGACCAUACGGAUUCCAACGCCUCGUGCACGAAUGGGGACCUAGUCGGCCUAGAAUAGGAGAUGACCAGACUCCGGUGUACACCCCGAAGCAAGUCGCGGAGAAAGUGAAGCGGUUUUUCCAUUUUUAUGCAAUUAACCGACACAAGCUCACUACCAUCACGCCGGCUCUUCACUGUAAUGAUUACUCACCAGAUGACAACCGCUUCGAUCUACGACCAUUCCUGUACCCACCAUUCUUCCAAAGUCUCGGAUUCAGAUGCAUUGAUAAGGAUCUAGAGAAGAUUGAGGCUAAGGAGAAGAGUAGUGGUGUCGAAGGAGAUACGGUUGAUUGA